CUGGUUCCCUCGUGAAGAAACACCCUCGUUGUCAAUAAAAGACAAUUCUGAAUUGACAGCGAGGGGUGUUUCUUCAAUUUUAAGAGUAGUUUUACCACACCAUACUUUUUCCUUGAGUAGAUUUGUGAAGAAGAAAGUCGAGAAAGACCGCUACUCUUACUUCGCUAGAUUGGAGUCCUCCUUUACACACCCGGAUAUGAUUAUUUCCAACCUGGAAACAGUAUAACGCGCAUGCGCCAAGUCUUCAGACGGCGUAAACAUGGCCGCUAUAGGCGACGGUACAAAGGAGGAGAUGGCGAAUUUGAAGAGAAAACACGAUGGGGACGACGUGGCAGCUUUAGGCGACGGUACAAAGGAGGAGAUGGCGAAUUUGAAGAGAAAACACGAUGGGGACGACGAAGCGCUCCAAGCCAAGAUAGCCGAAAGCGAGGUCGAUCACAAUACCGGCGUAAACCAAACAAACAUGGCCGUUUUAGGCGACGGUACAAAGGAGGAGAUGGCGAGUUUGAAGAGAAAACACGAUGGGGACGACGAAGCGCUCCAAGCCAUGACGGCCAAGAUAAGCGAGGUCGAUCACAAUACGAAGGUGGCCAACCACUACAACCGGAUCCAGGAGGUCGGACUGGCUGCAAGGAGUCAAAGUCGCAUCUUUUACAUGCGGAAUUUCAACAACUGGAUUAAAAGCGUCCUUAUCGGCGAGACCGUGGAGAAGGUUCGCGACGCCGGCCAACGGCAAAUUUCUGUCCUGGACCUGGGCUGCGGAAAGGGCGGCGACCUUCUCAAAUGGCGCAAGGGCGGCAUCUCUCACCUGGUGUGCGCCGACAUCGCCGACGUUUCGGUGGAGCAGUGCCGCGACCGCUACGAGUACAUGCGGAGGAAGGGUCGCGGCGACCGCCAAGCGUUCAGCGCCCAGUUCAUCACGGGCGACUGCACCAAGGAGCGCCUCGCCGACAAGUACGACCGGCCCGACCUGACGUUCGACAUCUGCAGCUGCCAGUUCGUGUACCACUACUCGUUCGAAAGCGAGGCCAAGGCCAAUAUGAUGCUGAGGAACGCCUGCGAGCGUCUCAAACCCGGCGGAUUCUUCAUCGGAACCACGCCGGACGCCUACGAGCUGGUCAAGCGGCUGGAGUCCUCCGAUUCGCUCUCUUUCGGCAACGACGUUUUCCGGGUGUCUUUCCGGGAACGGGGCCGAUACCCGCUCUUUGGGUGCCAGUACCACUUCAACUUGGAGCAGGUGGUGGAUGUCCCGGAGUUCCUGGUCUACUUUCCGCUUUUUGAGCACAUGGCCAAGAAUUACGGCAUGAGCCUGGUGAGCAAGCAGCGUUUCUCCGAGUUCUUCCGCGAGAAGGUCAAAUUGAGCCACCACCGCCACCUCAUGAUGAAGAUGGCGUCCCUGGAGGAGUUCCCCGGCGAGCGCGACGAGCAUCCGGCGCCCCGGGACGAAGACGAGGACGAGUACCGGCACGCCCGCCGACACCGCGACCGGGCGGGUCCUGCCGGAAUCUGUCUGGGUACGCUCAGCAGGUCUGAGUGGGAAGCCGCGAGCAUCUACCUGGUCUUCGUCUUCCAGAAGACGUCCUGAUGGGAGGUCGUAUCCCAGAAUCCACUGCGAGGAACAGAACCCCAGACAUUAAUAUUAGGGGGUAGAUAAAAAAAACAACACUCAUUUCUGGCCACGCCAUAGCAAAUACUAGUCACCACAGGAACAUUUUGACCAGAAAAUGCUCAUUUGUAUCCUUAAAUGAAGUAUAAUGUGUGCACACACACAAAGAAAAAAAUGUGGCUUGAAUUUUGGGACAACGACUACAAAAUAAUCAAUUGUGACCACAACAUUUAAGGGGCAAUCUUUUCGUUUUAUAUAUCAAUAUCUGGAAUUGUGGAGUGCGUGCUCACUUCUCUGGUUUAAAUGACACUACCUGAUGUCAAGUUUUGUUUGUUACAUUUGGACUCAUUUCCAAAAUGAGGUGAAGCUUGACCGGGUGAGGAUCUAACUUUAUCAACGUCCGAUAACGGUAGCUGACUGAAGCACUCAUGUCAUGCCAAAGCAGAAUCACAAAUGUGUUUGUAUGCGUGUUGUCACCAAAACACUUGAAUAACAUUCUCAACAUGGAUUGUAAGCUUGAUUAAAUGUAGCUCUAUCAUCUAAGAA